AGAAAAAUAUAUUUCUUCGAGAAAGAGAAGUCAAUAUAUAUUGUGUAUAAUAAUAAAUGCUAGAGUCGUUUAUCUGUAUUAGUGGUGUCCGAAUUUCGUUUUACAUUUCAACCAUAAGUACGCACAGCUGUAAGUAAGGCGAAAGACGUGAGCAAAGUUCAACAAAAAACUUUCGGACCGACAAGAAGCAAAGCAACUUGCAAGAUGGAAACCCAACAAAAGCAACAAAAUACGAUCGAGGCUGAUGCAACAGCCGAUCCGUCAUUUCUGGGGGCCGCAUUUCGGGAAAUCUUCUACAGUCCGAUGAAUCUGGCAUUGUUGUCCAUAAUUUGUUUCCUGGUUUAUAAGAUAGUGCGAGAUCGCUGCGAGGGCCCGGGAUCUCGGGAUUCGGCACAGAAGCCGGCUGAGCCGCAAUUGCCAAAAUUGCGCCGAGAUUUCACUAUUAAGGAGCUGCGUGAAUACGAUGGCAACCAACCAGAUGGCCGUGUUUUGGUUGCGGUCAAUGGUAAUGUUUAUGACGUCACAAAGGGCAAACGUUUCUAUGGACCUGGGGGACCAUAUGCCACAUUUGCCGGACGCGAUGCAUCACGAAAUUUGGCCACUUUUAGUGUAGUGCCUAACGAUAAAGAUGAGUACGAUGAUCUGAGCGACCUUAACAUGAUGGAAAUGGACUCGGUGCGCGAUUGGGAAAUGCAAUUCAAGGAGAAGUACGACUUUGUCGGUAAAUUGCUGCGUAAUGGUGAGCAGCCGACGAACUAUGAUAACGAUAGCAACGAUGAAGAUGAGAAUAUCGACGACGGCAGCAAGAAAGACAACUAAAUCGCGAAACGGGAGGUGUAUGAAAGGCAUGAAAAACUUUUGCUGCUUAACGAUGAUUAGCACAAAAGGCGACAAGUGGCGUACGUCUUGGCAAUCUAGUUAUGAUUUUACACCCAAAUACACACACAUACACACCCACUUACAUAUACAUCCCUUACACCCACAGUGGCAUAGGCAAGCUGUAAAAACAUCUAGAUCUAAUGAGAAAACUAUGUUAUAAGAUUUAUAUAUGUAUGUUAAAACAAAGAAUAU